AUGUGGAAGCAAGGAGGAGGAAAAUGUGGAAGCAAAAAGGAGGAUACUGUGGAAGCAAGGAGGAGGAAAAUGUGGAAGCAAGGAGGAAAAUGUGGAAGCAAGGAGGAAAAUGUGAAAGCAAGGAGGAAACUGUGGAAGCAAGGAGGAGGAAAAUGUGGAAGCAAAAAGGAGGAUACUGUGGAAGCAAGGAGGAGGAAAAUGUGGAAGCAAGGAGGAAAAUGUGGAAGCAAAAAGGAAGAAAAUGUGGAAGCAAGGAGGAAAAUGUGGAAGCAAGGAGGAAACUGUGGAAGCAAGGAGGAAACUGUGGAAGCAAGGAGGAAACUGUGGAAGCAAGGAGGAGGAAACUGUGGAAGCAAGGAGGAAAAUGUGGAAGCAAAAAGGAGGAAAAUGUGGAAGCAAAAAGGAGGAAAAUGUGGAAGCAAGGAGGAAACUGUGGAAGCAAGGAGGAAAAUGUGGAAGCAAGGAGGAGGAAACUGUGGAAGCAAGGAGGAAAAUGUGGAAGCAAAAAGGAAGAAAAUGUGGAAGCAAGGAGGAAAAUGUGGAAGCAAGGAGGAAACUGUGGAUGCAAGGAGGAAACUGUGGAAGCAAGGAGGAAACUGUGGAAGCAAGGAGGAAACUGUGGAAGCAAUGAGGAAACUGUGGAAGCAAGGAGGAAAAUGUGGAAGCAAGGAGGAAAAUGUGGAAGCAAAAAGGAGGAAACUGUGGAAGCAAGGAGGAAAAUGUGGAAGCAAGGUGGAAAAUGUGGAAGCAAAAAGGAGGAAACUGUGGAAGCAAGGAGGAAAAUGUGGAAGCAAGGAGGUAAAUGUGGAAGCAAUGAGGAAACUGUGGAAGCAAGGAGGAAACUGUGGAAGCAAAAAGGAAGAAAAUGUGGAAGCAAGGAGGAAACUGUGGAAGCAAAAAGGAGGAAACUGUGGAAGCAAGGAGGAAACUGUGGAUGCAAGGAGGAAAAUGUGGAAGCAAGGAGGAAACUGUAAAAGCAAGGAGGAAACUGUAAAAGCAAGGAGGAAACUGUGGAAGCAAGGAGGAAACUGGAAGCAAGGAGGAAAAUGUGGAAGCAAGGAGGAAAAUGUGGAAGCAAGGAGGAAACUGUAA